GUUUUGAUCCCCGGCAAAGAGGGGGUUGUUUUCCCUGCAGUAGUACACACACAGGCACACGCGGAGAACGGCACGGCACGUGAAUAUUGGCCAGAGGACGAAAGAAAAGCGGUGGAAAACUGGCCCCACAUCUCCAUCACACGCCACUGAAACAAAGAAACGCAGAAACAAUAGUGGGAAGUGUGGUGGUGUUUACGCGGUCCGUGCAAUCGCCAAGUGUGCCAAUAUAGCCGGCUUGGAAAAACCAGGACGACGACACCGCCGCACACACUCCGCGUGCUGUUGUUGUGAAAAAGGUGGCCAUAAAGCGACUGAUUUGCCCCACCAUGAUAACGUUCCGGCUAUCGAGCAGUGUGUACGCGUACGUGGGCUACCUGCUGCUGAUGGUGUACUUCCUGUGGCCGGGCCGCUUCGCCAGCCUGUACGAGUACAUCGAGGGCGAAAACAUCUACGAUCAGCUGAUACGCAAGACGACGAAAAACAUCUCGCUGAUGCGUAACGGGUUGCGGUGCGACUACAGUGAAGUCAUCGAGGAGAACCUGUCCCUCUACCGGCCCCCGUACACCGAGGACAUCAUCAACAACAAUGUGCGGCUGGGCGGCGAGUACUAUCCGGAGGAUUGCCUGCCGAGCUUCAGCACGGCCAUCAUCGUGCCGUACCGGCAGCGCGAACGGCAGCUCAACCAGUUCCUCAUCUACAUGCACAACUAUCUGCGGAGGCAGCGCAUUCACUACCGCAUCUUCGUCAUCGAGCAGUACGACCCGAAACCGUUCAAUCGGGCGAAGCUGUUCAACAUUGGCGCAAUGAUUGCGAUCGGAUUCGACUACCCGUGCCUGGUGCUGCACGACGUCGACCUGAUGCCGAUGAAUCUGGGCCAUCUGUAUGCGUGCUCGCGCAAACCGCGCCACAUGUGCUCGAGCCUGGACGAGUUCCGGUACAAUCUGCCCUACCGGGGCCUGUUCGGCGGGGCGGUAGCGAUCGAGUCGAGCGUGUACCUCAACGUCAACGGCAUGUCGAACAUGUUCAGCGGCUGGGGCGGCGAGGAUGACGAUCUGUACGGGCGCCUGCAGAACAAGCAGAUCGAAAUCUGUCGCUUCAGCCCAACGUACAGCCAGUACUCGAUGCUGAAGCACCGGAAGGAAACGCCGAACAAGGAUCGGGUAGCGUUUCUCCGGAAUGGUAAGCAGCGCUACCACACGGACGGGUUGAACUCGCUCGUCUACAAGCAGGUCGGCUUCAAGCUGCACAACCUCUUCACGCACGUGCUGGUGGAAACUUAAGUUAGGGAAGGAACAGUGAAGGUUAAGAGUUAGGAAGGAUUGUUUUCGGUGAGUCCUACUACUAUUUGCACGUAAUGGAAAUUAGUUUCCCGUAGGUGUUCAGUUGCAUUCCUUGGCAGCGAUAGGACAAAUGCAUGCACAACAAUGUAUUAUUUAGUGUUUAGUGAAUUUAGCGAAGCUUUAUUAGUUGUUUCAAGGUUUUAAGCAGUCCGUUCGUUUGUUUUGCUACAUUUCAUCGCUUAUUAAGAUAGUGCAGGUCGAGGGAGAAGUGAGCAAAUAUUGCCUUAAUAACGACAAAAAAAGAACGACAUUAAGCAGCGCAUAAUGUUGGAUCGCAAACGUUUUACAAUUAAUUCACGCGCUACUAUUAGCUCCCAUAGGAAGCGGAGGGGAUGAAACAAGCAAUACCAAAAAAAAGGGGGAAGAAAAAAUGGAAGCUAACAUUAUUAAAUGCUCCUAAGCAAACAAGCGCAAUUACAAAACUCGUGGCGCGGGUGUGUGCGGUUCGAUGAGCAAAUCGAAGAGCACGUGUUUCGUUGAGUUUUUCCAAAAUAGCAACACACAUAUACACCGUUUGUGCUAGCAAAUUACGAGCGCGACUAGAGAUAGAGAACAUUUUCCUAUUUAUUAAUACACCCCUUCCCAGUAGGGUAGCGCACUAGGGCGAGCUAGGGCGAAAGUUACUAGAAAUUAAACAAACAAAAAAAAAAGCGAAAGAAAAAGCAAACAAAAAAUACAACCUUAAAAAUGCAUAGUUUGUAAGUAGGUACACAGUUUUACAAAUUCAAAUUGAAGAAGCAAAAGAGAACGAAGGCAAAACACCUUAUAGGAGCAUAUAGACUCUUACCCCCCAAUACACACACAAAAAAAAGAAAAAAAAAAUGCGAAAAAAAGGGUUAAUGGUGUAGUGACCCUUCUCUUAUCCCGUUUUUUUGCACUCAUUAGCAAAAGCACGACAAAAAGUGGAACAUACAACAACAAAUUUUGCUGCGUGAUAUGAACAAAACAAAAAGGUGGGGGGGGGGGAAACAAACAUUCAAAGGUGCAAGAUUUUUAGGAUCGCCAUUAAGUUAUAACUAUUUCGAAAUUACCGUACUAAAAAUAAAGCAGCGAGCAAAAUAAGGGGAGUGCAGGAGAAAGAAAAAAGGGGAGCUGUUAGAAAUUUGAUCGCAGUUUUUAGACUCGUACUUAGCAAAAGAAACUAAAAAAAAACCAAACUCAAUAAAUCAAAUUCUACUUAA